GGAUGCCCGUUAGUCACUAAGAAUUACUUUUUAAGAUUUAGUGGAAAUGGGAAAUGGCAGGGUGUUUCUAUGGUUACUCUUGUUGAGGGUGGUACAGGGUGUUGAUGGUAUUUUUUGAAGCCAUGCUGUCAUGAGAAUGCUGUGGAUUGCACCUCAGAGCAAUUGGAGUUUCUCAGCAGGGACUGGCUGACUAAUGGAGCACCCGGCCUGUGUGAUGCCCGGUCCUGGUGUUACUGAACACCGAGUGUUUGUUCCUAAGCUAUUUAGCCAGGUCUCUGUUUGUUUUCUCAGAACUGUUCCACUGCUGUGCCAAGGCCACGGGCCUGUUACUCUGUGAGGUUUGGAAUUCCUGGAGAACUGCCUUUGUGAACAGCUGGAAAUCAUUUAAAUUCGGCCCCAGCUUUCCAUUUUGCCUCGCUUCUGAGGAACGUCAUCAGGAAACCAUGACCACCUUUAGUCACAAGGAGCUUAACUGCCAUUUCCUGGACGAAGGCUUCACGGCCAAGGACAUCCUGGACCAGAAAAUCAAUGAAGUUUCUUCUUCAGAUGACAAAGACGCCUUCUAUGUUGCGGACCUGGGAGACAUCCUGAAGAAGCACCUCAGGUGGUUGAAGGCGCUUCCUCGGGUCACCCCCUUUUACGCAGUCAAGUGCAACGACAGCCGGGCCGUCGUCCAGACCCUCGCUGCCAUAGGGACCGGGUUUGACUGUGCCAGCAAGACGGAAAUACAAUUGGUGCAGAGUCUGGGCGUACCUCCAGAGAGGAUAAUUUAUGCAAACCCUUGCAAACAAGUAUCUCAAAUUAAGUAUGCUGCCAACAAUGGGGUCCAGAUGAUGACCUUUGACAGUGAGGUCGAGCUGAUGAAAGUCGCCAGGGCACAUCCAAAGGCAAAGUUGGUUUUGCGCAUCGCCACGGAUGACUCCAAAGCCGUGUGUCGCCUCAGCGUUAAGUUUGGAGCCACCCUCAGGACGAGCAGGGUCCUGUUGGAGCGGGCCAAAGAGCUGGAUAUCGACGUCAUCGGUGUCAGCUUCCACGUGGGGAGCGGCUGCACGGACCCGGAGACCUUUGUGCAGGCCAUCUCGGAUGCCCGCUGCGUCUUCGACAUGGGGACUGAGGUUGGUUUCCACAUGUGCCUCCUGGACAUCGGGGGUGGCUUUCCUGGCUCGGAGGACGUGAAGCUUAAGUUUGAAGAGAUCACCAGUGUCAUCAACCCGGCCUUGGACAAGUACUUCCCGUCAGACUGUGGAGUAAGAAUCAUCGCCGAGCCCGGCAGAUACUACGUCGCGUCUGCUUUCACCCUCGCUGUGAGCAUCAUUGCCAAGAAGCGUGUGCUGAAGGAGCAGGCGGGCUCAGACGAUGAAGACGAAUCCAGUGAGCAGACCUUUAUGUACUACGUGAACGACGGCGUAUACGGAUCGUUUAAUUGCAUCCUGUAUGAUCAUGCACACGUGAAGCCCCUUCUGCAGAAGAGACCCAAGCCAGAUGAGAGGUUCUACUCGUCCAGCAUAUGGGGACCGACGUGUGACGGCCUGGACCGGAUUGUGGAGCGCUGUGACCUGCCGGAAAUGCACGUGGGCGACUGGAUGCUAUUUGAAAACAUGGGCGCGUACACUGUGGCCGCAGCGUCCACUUUCAAUGGUUUCCAGAGGCCGGCCAUCUGCUACGUGAUGUCGGGGCCCUCCUGGCAGCUCAUGCAGCAGAUCAGGAGCCACGACUUCCCGGCAGAGGUGGCGGAGCAGGACGUCAGCACACUGCCCGUGUCUUGCGCCUGGGAGAGUGGACUGAAGCGUCACCCGGCGACUUGUGCUCCAGCCGGCAUCAAUGUGUAGAUGGCUGUAGCCGUUACCUGCAAGGUUAGCUUGAAUCCAGGGACCUGGGGGACCGUUUAACUUAAAGACUGCUAGUUUCGAACCGUCUUUCCUGAGUAGGGUUGGCACAGCUGCACGAGGAAGGCUAACAGAUGGGCUCACACUUACCCGUGUUCCUAUGGAAACUAUUUGAGUAUUUGUUUUAUAUGCAUUUCUAUUUACUUUUCAACAUGCGACUAAAGAGCGCGCCCAGCUGCUAGGCAAGCAUUUGUCGCUUGCUCAGGGGCAGAGUGGGUCCAAGGCGUAGUGUUGUGACCUGUUUUAAAAAUAAAGUUUCUUGAAAUAA